UGCUCUUGUUGAAAAACUAUUUGGCAGCUUCGUGACGAGCUGAAAACUCAUAAUAAAAACACUGUAGUUCAAACUGAAUUAAUGGCACAGAAAUGAUGGAAAACUCGGAAAAACCACCGUCCUUAGACACCGAGGAAGAGAGUUCUGCAAAAGAUAAAAUCUGGUGUUUACAGCGUGUGGGGAGAGAUUGUGACUGGUUGCAACUGUUCGAAGAUUCAGAGGUUUCCAUUGGUCGUGGUCUGAAUGUAACCCAUCAGAUACUGUCGGUCAGCUGUCCACUGAUGAUAUCCAGAAAUCACUGUGUGUUCAAGCAAAAUGAAACUGGACUGUGGACGGUAACGGACAAUAAGAGUCUAAAUGGUGUGUGGGUGAAUGGGAGACGGAUAGCUCCUGGAAAUCCCUGUUUACUCCAGCUGCGUGACUCCAUCAGAUUGGGUGUCCCUCUCGAUGGCAAUCCCGUGGAGUUUGAUUACAUCCUCGUCCAGCGCAAAUUCAGUGACAUGAAAUCAUUCCUGUCUGGUAAUCUAGGCAAAGAAUCAAGCGCUGCCUCCUCUGGUCAAAAACUCAGAAACUCUAAGCGGAAGUUCGAUGAUGAAUCAGAAUAUUGCCCCACGCAGCACUCCAAAUCCAAGCUGCUCCGCUCUUCCAGAGCAGAUAAAUCCCGAGCCCAGCCAUGUCCGUCCAAGGAACGCAGAAAAUCUGACCAAUAUCCUUGUAGACCUCUAGAGCAGGACCGACCAGUUCCAGGAAGUUCCAACAGUUGCAGUGACAGCAGUCAACAGCUCGCUUCUGUCCAUCGUUACAACAAGAACCUGAUGGUGUUGAAGGACCGUGUGGGUGACACGCAGAAACGUGCAGCUGAGCUUCAACGCCAGCAGCAUCAGACUCCAGAGCGAGAGCGCGAGAUGCAGGAACUGCAGGCGCAGCUGGAAUUGUUGCGGGGUCAGCUCCGGUCGCAGCAGGAGCAGGCGCUUAAACGCAUGGAGAGCCUGGAGAAGUCCUUCUGCGAGGAGGAGAGACGAUUGGAGAUUGAGAAUGCACAACAGAACGAGGAGGGCUUGAAAAAGCAGCUCGAGGAGGCGCUGCAAGAGCACCGGAAAGUCAUCGACGAGCUCAAACACGCUCAAGAAGGAUUUAAAGAAGUUUUACAGGCCAAAGAUAAGGAGUUGGAGGUUACAAAGGAAGAGAAAGAGAAGGCGAAGGCUCAGAAAGAGGAAGUCGUCACACAGAUGACUGAAGUGUUGGAGAGUGAGCUUCAGUGCAGUAUUUGUUCAGAGCUCUUCAUUGAGGCCGUGACGCUGAGCUGCGCCCACAGCUUCUGUCAGCACUGUAUCCGAGAGUGGCGCCGUCGGAAGGACAAGUGUCCGAUCUGCUGGCAGACCGUCCUGUCUCAGACGCGCUCUCUCGUUCUGGACAACUGCAUCGACCGCAUGGUGGAGAAUCUGAGCGCAGACAUGAGAGAGAGACGAGUCGCACUGGUCACCGAGAGGAAAGGUGAGAGGUCUAAAAGCCGCCGUGUCUCCAGCCGUGGUGGUCGUACACUAUGACAGCGGCAACAUCUCCGCGUUUGCGGACUCCUCCGAGUUGAACUCUUCUUGGUUGUAUCACUCCAGUGAUGAAGACUUCUCCUGGUGUGAAGAAGAGGAGGAGGAUUACCUUUGAAAAAUAAACAGUCAUAUUAGUGAACAUCAGCUCGUUUGUUUGGUUUUGUUUUGCCAUGAUUUUGUACAUCGUUUCUUCCUCACAGUAUUAUAUUUGUUAGGGUUAUUCCUUGUGUAAAUAAAGCAACUAUAAUAAUUGUUUUGCACUUCAAUGUUUUAACCUUGAUUAAGUUUAUAUUUAGACAUAAAUGACCAAAAAAUGCUACUAUAUAGCUUGUAACAUUUCUAAAAUGGUGCCCCUUGUAAGGUUUGUUAUUGUCCAGUGUCAAACACAAGAGGGCAGCAGUGUGAAAUGAAUGUUCCUUAAAGGGACAGUACACCCAAAAAUGAAAAUUCUCUCAUAGUUUUAUCACCCAUAUGCCAUUUCAGAUGUGUAUGGCUUGCUUUCUUCUGCUGAACACUACAGAAGCCCUGUAAAAAAAUAAUUGUCUCAGUUCCUUCUUAAAGUCUUAAAUAUUUUCUCUCUCUUCCAAAUAAAGGAAUGCAGUACCAAC